AUGUCUUGCGCAGAUGAUGCAGUGUGUACCUUAAAAGCCUGUCCGGGAAGUAAAUUAACUGUUUUCAAGAAAAGCAAUGCAGUGUUUAUUCGAUUAACCAACGCCACACACAUACACACGCAAACUGUUUACCAUCACAAGUCAUUUAGUCAGCUGGCAAAUAAAUCUAAAGGAAAUGCCAACGCUCAAUGCAACGCAUGUGAAUGGAAGUGA